AUGCCUCCCAAGCCAGGCAUAGGUCAGAAGGCGCUGAUCACAGAGCGGUUGGGUGCUUUCUGGGAGGGGAGGUGGCGGGAGCUGUUCGACUUUGCCAUGGCGGCAGCGCGGCCAGCAAUUCGCCCACUUUCCUACACUCGCUCUGUCCAUGACCCGGAUGCCAUCCGCCUGUCACGGUGCCGAUCUCGGUGCAAAGUGGGGGAGUGGAGCCGAGGAUUGGCCUGCCUUACAGCAGGGGAGUUGGCUCGACCGUCUGAGGUCAUGGUGCAGUCGCUGCGAGAGAAGCACCCGGCUAGCGCAGGCGAGGUACCACAGUGGGUCCGCAAUUUCACCAUCGAUACCGCUCAGCGGCCUUCACUCACGACCGACAUCCUGGCCAGAGCUAUCCAUACAGCCGCUCGAGCCUCAGCAGCAGGGCCAUCAGGGUGGGUCACAGAGCAUCUGCGCGACACCUUCCUCACUGAACCUACCUGCCUCUCCCACCUGUUGGAAGUGUUCAACCAAUGGGUGGCGGGACAGGUCCCCGAGCGGGCUCGGCCGUGGCUCGCCGCAUCCAACCUAGUCGGGCUUUCCAAGCCUAACGGCGACGUCCGGCCGGUGGCGAUCGGGGAGGUGCUUCCUCGUAUCCUUGCUCGAGCUCUCUGCAUCUCGCUCCGCCCUGCGAUGGUUUCCUACUUCCUGCCGUGCAACCAGCUGGGAGCGGGCACCAGGCAGCAGGUGAUGGAGCCGGUUACUAGGGAGUUCAAGGACCUACUUUUCCUCAGCUAUGCAGACGAUACCUAUAUUUUGGGGCCAGCGGCUAGGAUUCUAGAGGCUUUUGGGGUGCUGCGGGAGCGGUUGGAGUGGGUAGGGCUGGAGGUGCAGGCGCACAAGUGCCGGUUUUGGGAGCGCGAGGGCAAGGAGGUGGAGCGGGCACUGCCAUUGGGGAUGCAGCAGGUGGAUGAGGGUCUUAUUUUGGUGGGCGUGCCUAUUGGAGAGGAGGUUUGGGAGAUGGCUUCACACCUCCUCGCCAUUGCAGUUUCAGCGCGGCCGAUGUACCUCGCCCGGACUAUGCCGCCGCGUCCGGAGGUGGUUGAGGCUUUUAGGGAUUGGGACAGCUGUUUAGAGGAUUGCUUUGAGCAGCUUUUCCCACCUGGCACUUGGGAGCAGGACCCCGACCGGUCUAGGCGCGCACGCAUGCAGCUGCAUCUCCCUGUGCGUCUCGGUGGGUUCGGGAUCCGGGCGGCGGCCUCUUUGAGCCCACUGUCCUAUGUUUGCGGGUGGGCGCAGGCCGCGCGGGACAUUGCACAGUUAGGGGUGGCGGGUGAGGAGGCGAUGUUUGCUGAGUACCUCACCACUUCGAUAGGGGCAGAGUUUCUUGACCCGUGGUUUGUCAAGGCUCUCGAGCAGCUGCCAGCGACUAUCCGCCACGAGAUACCGGGCUUACCUCUGUGUGUAGCGGCCCCUCCUGUUCGGCUUUUCCAGGCGCGUCAACGGCAGUUAGCUGUAGAGGAGCUCCACCCACUGCGCCGCUUGGCUCGUGACGAUGCUACCUUGGCCCGUUUCACAUCCCUUCAGGGCCCGGGGGCAGGUGCAUGGGUUUCGGCGGUUCCGGCUCACUCAGAUCUCACAUUCACUGCGGCUGAGUGGGGCAUUGCUGCUGCUAUACGGCUCGGCCUCCCAACUCAGCAGCUGCAGGUGGCGGGGAGGUGUGUUUGUCGCACAGCGUAUGUUGACCCAGCAGACCCGCACCAUGCCCUGAGAUGCAGGCACCAGCAUGGUCCUUCUCGGGUGCAUGAUGAGGUGAAGUUUGCGGUGGCGAAGAUCUCUAAGGCGUCGGGGGGGGUGGUGACAUUGGAGGAUAGUGUGGUGCUGCAAGGGAAGCGGGUUGAUGUGGCGAUGCGACGUCCAAUGGCUGGAGAGGCUCACGCCCUAGAGAUCAGCGUCGCGGACCCGCUAUCGCUGUCUCCAUCACUGCUGGGACAGUGCGGGCGUCAAAUAGGUGUGGCGGCAAGGGAAUGGGAGCGUCGCAAAACGAGUGAUUACGCGCCUCUGCUUGCACGCAACCGGGGCGUGCAGUUCACCCCUUUGAUAGUUGAGACGUGGGGGUGUCUCGGCGGUCGUUUUCAGCGGUGGCUUCGUCAGCAGGGGGAUGCGCACGUGGGGCUAGCUGUGUCGCGGGGGGCUUGUCGAGAGGACGACUCUGUGUUUUCGGCUUAUCUUUUAGGGUCACUGAAGGCGCUCAUCGGGGUGGCGUUACAACGUGCGCAAGCCCGUGUCAUCCUGCUUCAAGCGGCGUCUUCCAUGGGGGGGAUUAACGUAGAUUUGGCGGAUCGGGAGAGGGACGAUGUCGAUGUGGAAGGCAAGGCUCUCUGGGUGGAGGCCCCGUACAUGGUCGAUACGUUGAUGUGA